AUGUCCAAGCCCGUUGGCAUCCCUCCACGCACCCCCAUCAAGUCGUCUUCCUCGACACAGACAGCCAGGAUGAGACCCGACCACAGAAGCAGAUCGGCACGCUCGUCACAGAGCCAUGAUGCCAGGGCUCUGCCGCCCGCCGUUGCUGCCUUGCUCGCCGUCACAGCCAUUCCCAAGAUGCCUGCUCGCCGCCGGCUGCGCUCCACCAUGGACAGGCGCAUAUCCAUGGAUGAGCUGAUACAGGAGUGGAAGCAGGAGGACCCAGACACGCCGCCCUCGCUCUCGGGCUCUCCCAUGGACCUGCUGCUCGGUCGCGUCGACGAGUCGGACGACGAGUACAGCAGCAUCACAAGCGGCGAUCACGAAAAGGGCUCCUACCUGACGUCGAGGUCCAUUUCCAGCGACUCCAUCUCCUCCACGCUGCCGCCCUCGCUCGACUACGAGAAUCCCUCGUACGCAUCCCAUUGGGACAACAUCAGCACACCCGAGUCAAUUGGCCGAAAGUCGCUGCCCGAACGCAAGGAAAAGAUUGUCUCGUCCCCGCCCAAGGAAGACUGCAUUCUCGACCACCCGCUGCUUCACUACGGACCCGACGAGUGCGAGGACAUCAUCGCCGCCGCCGACAUGAACGACACGACGCCGCCGCCGCCGCCUCCAACGGAGCGAUUCCGAUCGUUCAAAUCUAACCUCACAGCAUCCCUGCAAGCACUCAAAUCCGCGGCCAAAUCCUUCUCCAACUUUACAGCCCCCAGCGUACCCCCGGACGACUUUCUCACGCGAUCACUCUUAUCGCCUAGGUUCACGAGCGAGAUGCGCCCGAAGCACCUCGAAGGCCUGCCCUCGCCCGAAUUGCGACGCUAUCUCAACCCGCAGCCCGCGCCCAUUUCACCCACCGAGUUGACCAUGCAUCUCCACGACUCCUUCGCGCUGGAUACCGACGUCGACCCCCACGCGCCUAUGAUUCAAAUGCAGACGUAUGAGCGUCGCGGUAGGGGACAAAAGUCGCGCCGUAGUCGCACCGCGGAUCCGUUUUCCGAAGCCGGACGGGUCCUGUCCAAUGACGCACCUGCCGUUCGCCAGCGCGAGCCUCGCGAGAACAGCGACUUUCUACGUGUCAUUGUCCUGGAAAUGAACAUGCGCCGCGUCGGCAAGCUCGACACAAAGGCUGUCGGAAAGGCUCGUAUUUGGCUCCCACCGCGCAAGCCGGCCUCCAACAGGCCCCCGCCUCAGGAUACGGAAAGCCGCGUCCCGCUCCGAUGGACUCCAGUCACGGCACCUUGA